AUGGAAGAUUUCUUUGGAACAUGGAAAAUGAAAGACAGUGAUGACCUGAGUGCGACAACUGAAAGACUGGGGGCCCAAGUAUCUAAAGAGGAAUUGGACCGAUUGUCGAAAUCGUCCCUGACCUUCUCACGUGUCGACGACCGUUACAGCAUGAAUGUAGAUGUCGGCGCGGACUACCACGGUAUGAAAUUCAAGCUGGGCGAGGAGUUUGAUCACACUACAUUGGAUGGAGAGCACGUUAAGGCAAGAUCCCCGCCAUUGUUUCUUCCUUUUCAAUACUUGCGUUAACUGAAACAUCUCUAAUCUAAGUCAGUGUUAUUCAACCCACAAGAGCUCAAAACCAGUUGUGGCUGCCAGUCUCAGUCAGAGGAGACAGUCCCCAGUUACGUGAUGCCGCCUUGAAAAUUCAAACCUGAUUGACAAAGAACGGCCGAAUCGUUUGAUACUCACUGUUAUACUUGUUUUGGCGAACUCAUUAAAUGGAAUGAUGUGUAUGAAUAUGUGUAUAUGUAGCUUGUUUGCCUUCGAAAAGUUAGGAUACUCAAAUCGUGGAUUCAGUGACCGCUACACCAGUCUUGCUUGCAUCGUUUAAUUCCAGGCAAAUGACCGCGAUGAUGGAUGACACAAAAGAUUGACAGAGAGCAGUUUUCAAAACGAAGCAUUUGUGAUCAUAUACUUUUCAGAUGCUUAUAAAACUGGAAGGCAAAAAGUUGACAAUUGAUCAGAAAGGAGACCCAGAUGUACUCGUCGAGAACGUUGUGGAUGGUAAUAAUUUAACCAUGGUAAGUAUCAGUCUGUCCUUACGCCUCUUCGUUAAUGUUGCAGAUGAUGGGGGCUUUCGCAUGUAACGAGCGUGCAGAGUAAGAAAGCAUGACUUCCCCCUCCCAUGACCGGCCGGCCAGAUUUCACGAAGGCACACUAGCAGAACAAAGACACGGUAAACAGCUGCAAGAGACUAUGAAACCUGUCUGAUUGAUAAAUUAGUAGGUCUUAAAAAGUUGCUGGCUGCCGUAUUUGACAGCAUAUAUGUCGUUGAUGGGAUUUCAUAUCAAAUGAGCCGACUAACUCAAAGUGCAUCAGCACUUAUUUCGUAUAGCCUUCGAAGGACGUUGGUGGAAAACUAGAAGGUUCCAGAUUCAGAAGGCAAAAAGACAGUUAUAUGGACGGGUUUUACUGAGACGAUGGAAGUGCACAAUGGAGAAGCUCGCGACUGCCGCAGGUACAAAUCGAGAGAUUAUGGAGUGUGCGGCUGCGAAAUAAGAUCCUACCGCGGAGGAAAGAGCGAGUGGGGAUUGAGUGCAACUGGGAUUUUCAUUUGGUCAGCGUGUUUUCAGUCAUUUCCCUUGUCGAAAUUUCGUCCAGCAGCGCACUCAUUCUCAGCUCUCUUUUUUUCCAUUUUGCAGACCAUGAAAGUGGGUGACGUCUCUAGUGUUCUACACUACAUCAAGGCUUGA